AAAAUUAUUUGAGGAUCCCAAACCUUUGGACUUUGAAAACAAGACAAAAUUUUCUCUUUCUCUUUCUGCACGCAAACUACAGCCAAUCAGAGUUGAAUCCCGAUGACUGAAGAAGAUUCACCACCGCCACCACAGUACCUAGAGGUUAACUGUAUAACCUCCGGCAAGAUCCUACGGUUCGCUCCGGGCACCGAUGCAGGAUUCGCGGUGGCGCUGAUAAAUCGGAAACUGAAAGGAAGAGUUCCAUUGGUAACGCACAUAGAAGCUGUAAAAGAUGGCGAAGAAGAAGAAGCUAUCGCUUUUGGACCAAACGCAAUUCUUUCCAAUUUUGGUCAACAUUGGAAGCUUCAAACCGUUCUUUCUUCUGAAGAACAGAGGAAAGGACCUAUUCAAGGAAUGGCAAAGCAAACACCAAGACAUGUUUCAAAUGUCCCAGGUGGUGAAAACAAAGAACCUAACCAAAUAGGCUCUGUAUAUAUUGUUAAAAUAAUAUUUGCUUUUAUUUUGAUUUUUGUUCUUGGUGCAAUUUUUACUGUGUUUCUUGAUAAUCUUCCAGCAUUGAUAUUGUUUGUUCAGUCAUUUAUAUAAUAAUGCUUUUAUUUUUAUUUUUAUGUAACUUGUAUGAAUGAAUUGAUUAAAUGGCUUAAUUUUAUAGGCUCUUGCUUUUGUUAUGGACUGUAACUCAAUCGUAGAAUCAUGUCUUCUUACUACACUAUUGAUUUGCUUGUAAACAAAAUAAUACAAUAAAAACCUUCAGUCAUUUAUAUAACGCUUUUUUCAUUUUUAUGUAACUUGUAUUUAUGAAUUGAAUAAAUGGCUUAAUUUUAUAGACUUUUGCUUUUGUUAUGGAC